AUGCUUAAAGUGGAAGAUAAAAAGAGUCGUACACACUCUCGUGUUCCAAGUGAUGCAAAAGAAUUUCACGAAGUCACUAAGCGGGAUGCUUUGAAGCAAUUGGAACGUGAACUUGAUAAGCUGAUUGAAACAUCUCCUGCAGAUAAGAAAGAUGCAUUUCGUGAGGAAAUGACAAGUUUUGCUGGGCUUUUCGGAAGGUUUUUGCAAGAAGAUGGACCAUCAGUUGCAUGGAAUAGAAUUGAAAAACUUCCUGAAGGAGCCGUAAAGGAUUAUAGUCAUCUCCAAACGCCAACAAACAAUGACCAAAUCCGUUUAAUGCUCAACAAACUUGUUGUUGUAAAACUCAACGGUGGUUUGGGAACAUCCAUGGGAUGUCACGGACCAAAAAGUGUGAUUCCAGUAAGGAAUGACUUGACAUUUUUGGACUUGACUGUACAGCAGAUUGAAAGUCUCAAUAAGACGUACAAUGCAAAUGUUCCUUUGGUAUUAAUGAACUCGUUUAAUACAGAUGAGGAUACGGAAAAAAUUGUACGAAAAUAUAAAGGCUUUCAAGUCAACAUUUAUAGUUUCAAUCAAAGCGCAUUUCCACGUCACGGAGACUUCUACGAAUCGUUCCAAAAGUCUGGCUUAUUGAAGCAAUUCAUCAAUGAAGGACGUGAAUAUUUGUUCCUGUCAAAUAUUGAUAACUUGGGCGCAACAAUUGAUCUUGGCAUCCUUAAUCGCUUAGUCGGCGAAACAGAUGGAGUUUGUCAUGAAUUUGUUAUGGAAGUCACUGAUAAGACUCGUGCUGACGUUAAGGGUGGUACUCUUAUUCAGUAUGAAAACAAAUUGAGACUUUUGGAAAUUGCUCAAGUUCCAAACGAGCAUGUUGAUGAGUUCAAAUCAGUCAAGACCUUCAAAUUCUUCAACACUAAUAAUAUUUGGGCGAAAUUGGAUGCAAUUGAAAGAGUAUUAAACGAGAAAUCAAUGAAUACGGAAAUUAUUGUGAACAAUAAGACAUUAGAUAAUGGCUUGAGAGUCAUUCAAUUGGAGACGGCUGUUGGUGCUGCAAUGAAAUGUUUUGAAAAUGCCAUUGGAAUUAAUGUUCCUCGUUCUCGUUUCUUGCCUGUAAAGAAAACUUCUGAUCUGUUGCUUGUAAUGUCAAAUUUGUAUCAUUUAAAAUCUGGCUCUCUUGUUAUGUCUCCACAAAGAAUGUUUCCAACUACGCCAUUGGUUAAACUGGGUGACAAUCAUUUCAGCAAAGUCAAAGAAUUUUUGGGACGUUUUGCAAAUAUUCCUGACAUUAUUGAAUUGGAUCACUUGACUGUAUCGGGAGAUGUGACUUUUGGUCGUGGCGUGUCACUUCGUGGAACUGUCAUUAUUAUUGCAAAUCAUGGAGAUCGUAUUGAUAUUCCACCAGGUGCUAUUCUUGAAAACAAGAUUGUCUCUGGAAACUUGAGAAUUUUGGACCAUUAA